AUGCCGAUUAUAUCUAACCCGAAAAAUCCACGAGCCCCCACAGGCUUUUGGGAAUAUUUAACGCGUCGACGUGGUUGGGGGUAUCCCGAUGUGAUUGAUAUUUCAGGAUCUGUAUUUCUGAAUCUUGUACCCAUUCUUGUUUCUACAACUUUAUGGACAACUACUCUCUGUCUUAUAUACCUUGUAUUUGGAAUUAAUAUCGCUUUUUCUGCAAACUUGACCGGCUCUAUUGCUGUGGUGGUUGGUCUCCUUUUGGCUUUUCGUACAAACAAUGCUUAUGAUCGAUAUAAUGAGGGACGAAAAAUAUUUAGCUGUAUGUGUACUCAUAUUAGAAAUAGUACGCGUACGCUUUGGAUAGGUAUUGAAGAACGUGAUCCAGUUGAUCAUCGUAAUAAAGAAAUACAUAUCAGAUUAUUGCUGGCUUAUGUCGUUGCCGUCAAGCAUCAUGUUCGAUUAGAAUUCGGCACACAUUGGCCUGACUUGGAAGACCUUCUUCCUGAAGGUUUUCAGUUGACUUAUUAUGAGGGUAGUGCUGCAUUAGCUGAUCCUACCCUAGGAUCUGAUGGAAAAUCUCAAUCUAUUGCAAUUGAAAUUCCACAUGUGGAAGUUACACUUCGAACAUUGGCAAGUAGAGUUCCACCGACUACUUUCUUUAAUCUUCGUCCUUCUUUAAGGGGUAUGUCUAAAGAAGAGCAGAAAAUGUUAUACGGUGACAGCGUUGAUUUAACUGAUGAUUUGAGUGAAGUAGAUGCGAGCAUGAGUCUUCCCUUGGAAAUUAUAUUUCAUUUGAAUGUAUAUGUCGAAAAACAAAUUACCGAAGGUAAAUUGGAUAUGGGUAAAUAUGGUUCAGUCGUCGGAAAUUUCAAUACCUUAAUAGAUUCUCUGGGUAAUUUGGAAAGAAUUGGAAAUACACCCAUUCCAACUGCUUAUAAUGUUCAUCUGAAACAAGCUGUUAUUUUAUAUGUAUUUGCUCUUCCAUUUACUAUAAUUUCUGAACUUGAAUGGUUCACUAUUCCCACUAUCUUCCUUGUCGCUUUUAUUCUUUUUGGUAUCUUAGCUGUUGGUUCGGAAAUUGAGAAUCCAUUUGGAUAUGAUGAAAAUGACCUUCCGUUGGAUGAUUAUUGCAAAGAUUUGGAAGCAGAAGUCAGAUAUUUACAAAGACAUCUUCCGACCAAGAGAGUAAAGGAAAUCUCCAAAUAA